GACAUGCGCAAAAACAUCCGCCAACCCACAGAGAAGGGUACGUUCACGGGUAUCAUUACCUGCGCUGUGCAGCCGAACAACUUCUUAAACUAUCAAACAGCCGUUCCAUUUCCACUAACAAAAAUUAUAUAUUUAGGGAUAAAGUACAGAAGGACACUCAGUAUGGAUGAAGAAUACGAUGUUAUUGUUCUCGGGACCGGCCUAACGGAAUGCAUUCUGUCUGGCAUUAUGUCAGUGAAGGGGAAGAAGGUGCUUCAUAUGGACAGGAACUCUUACUAUGGAGCAGAGAGUGCGUCCAUCACGCCACUGGAAGAUUUGUACAAGCGCUUCAGUCUUCCAGGCAAACCUCCAGAGUCCAUGGGAAGAGGUCGGGACUGGAGCGUGGACCUCAUCCCAAAGUUUCUGAUGGCCAAUGGUCAGCUUGUGCGAAUGUUGCUGAUCACUCAGGUGACCCGUUACCUGGACUUCAAGGUAAUCGAGGGCAGCUAUGUCUACAAGAAGGGAGCGAUCUACAAAGUGCCGGUUACUGAGACCGAGGCACUGGCCUCCAGUUUGAUGGGGAUUUUCGAGAAGAGACGUUUCAGGAACUUCUUGAUCUUCGUUGCCAACUAUGAUGUGAACGAUCCCAAAACCAUGGAGGGUGUCGACCCCAACAAGGCGACAAUGCGUGACCUGUACAAGAAGUUCAGCCUGGGCCAGGAUGUGAUGGACUUCACUGGCCACGCCCUUGCGCUCUACAGGACAGACGACUACCUGGACCAGCCCUGCAUCGACACCAUCAACAGGAUUAAGCUCUACAGUGAGUCUCUGGCCAGAUACGGCAAGAGUCCUUACCUCUACCCUCUCUACGGCCUGGGGGAGCUGCCACAAGGCUUUGCUAGGUUGAGUGCUAUCUAUGGUGGGACCUACAUGCUGAACAAGCCCAUAGAGGAGAUUGUUAUGGAGAAUGGAAAGGUAGUGGGGGUCAAGUCAGAGGGAGAGAUAGCCCGCUGUAAGCAGCUGAUCUGUGACCCCAGCUACAUCAUGGACAGAGUCAGCAAGGUCGGCCAAGUGGUCCGUAUCAUCUGUGUCAUGAGCCACCCCAUCAAGAACACCGGCGAUGUCAACUCCUGUCAGAUCAUCAUUCCUCAGAUCCAGGUCAACAGGAAACAUGACAUCUACGUGUGUAUGAUCUCCUCGGCCCACAACGUGGCAGCGCAGGGCAAGUACAUUGCCAUCGCCAGCAGCGUAGUGGAGACCAAUGACCCAGAGAAGGAGCUCAAACCGGCCCUGGAUCUAUUGGAGCCCAUUGAACAGAAGUUUGUGAGCAUCAGUGAUCAGUAUGCACCAACUGACAUGGGAAAAGACAGCCAGAUAUUUAUCUCCCGUACGUAUGAUGCAACAACCCACUUCGAGACCACCUGUGACGACAUCAAGGACAUUUACAAGCGCGUGAUGGGCACGGAGUUUGACUUUGCCGAGAUGGAGCGCACGAAGAAUGACAUCUUUGGAGACGCAGGUGAUCAGUGAUAGUGUCAGCAUCAUGUUAGUGUCCAGACAGCUCCAAAUCUUAACAAACUGGUUUAUAAUCCAAAUGCAUUGUUGGAAUCUGUAUCUAUGACCCUUUAAAACAAUGGAAUUAUGUUUGUAGAAAAAAAAUAAAGAAAAGUGUUUACUGGCAUGCGGACAAUUUUGGGUGGCUGCGUUUUAUAAUGAAUUUGACAGUUGGUUAAGAACAUGCAAUGAUCACAUUGUGUACCAUCAUGAAGGUUUCUUCAAAUUCUGACAUGUGAAUGUCGCCAAAGAGUUUUAUUCAGGGGUUUAUACGUAGUCUAUAAUUGUGAUAUAAAUUGUAUUUUUACAUAAGGUAAUAUUCUGUGUUAAAGUGAAAUAAAUAAAUAUUUGAUCUGUAAUAGAGAAACAAA